AGCCGCCACGGGAAGACUUCCUCGAAUGCAGCAUCCAAAGGUUACGGCCCCCGUGAUACCAGAUGUUGAUGACACCAAAGAGUUUUAUGCUGCUGUGAACCAUGAGUGCAGGAAAUGUCCGCCAGGAACAUUUGUCCAUAAACAAUGCACUGUCCCCAGAACUGAAGGGAUUUGUCAACCCUGUGAAAACAACACCUAUUCCAAACUCUCAAAUUCCUUUGAUAUCUGCUUUGGAUGCAGAGCCUGCAGGAUUUUAGAUGAGGUCGAAAUAAAAAAGUGUACUGCAACCACAAAUACCGAGUGUGCCUGCAAGAAUGGUACCUUCUGCUCACCUGGCCAGCCAUGUGAAACUUGCACUAAAUGUAUGACAAGGUCAGCAUGAUUCAAUACUGCUUAAAAUGCUUUAGAACUAAUUUGGCAUUCUGUAAAAAAAAAAUUGGGAAAGGUUUGGAGAAGGUGCCCUGGAUGAAGAUCUUUGUGAGAAGGAAGAGCAGGCCAGGGGGAGAGGGGAGGAGGUUCUGCUACCACAACCUUCUAAUUUCCAAGCUUUGAGCAAUCUCUGAUGAUGCAUUGACAUCCCUGCAGAGACUUGGCUCAACUGCUUUGAAGCCACUUUGCAGUGACCGGUUGAGAAUAAGUUUAGUUUUGUUGACCAUCUCGUCAUAAGUAGAUUUGCCCUGGAUCAGUAUGGAGAUUCCUCAGGCAGCUACACUGAACUUUUAAGAUUCUGAGUGACACUUUGUGAAGCAGUGGUUGUGCACAGAUUUACGUUUUGGAGGCCUUAUGAAAAAGAGGAAGGAGAAGGAGAAGAUUGUAUCUACUCUGGAAAGAUGGCCUUAACAUAUAAGAGAAUUCUCUGCUUCAAGAAAUUGGUAUCAUUAGCCUUGUUGACAGCUUCCUGAAUACAUAACUUCUCCAGAGUGGUGAAAUUGGCCUGUCCAUCACCAGGUGGCAGCUUCCUGUUGUCAGUCUAUCACAGUAGCAUAAUG